AUGAGUGAUUUUCCACAUCUUGAGAAGUCAAAACCAAAGGCGGCUGACCAUCAAUAUGAUGAUGACGAAGUUACCACCUUGGUCAACGGAACUUCAGAUCCUUCGCAUUUAGUAUACAUUCCUGGAACCAGUAAUCUUUCCCCAGACAAUAGAACUUUGGUUGAAGGUCAAGAAGGAAGCAGCAAAAGCAACGGUCUUACUGUCCGUCAAAAGAAACAUAUAAACACAAGUGUGCAACAACUACAUUAUAACGAAAAUAAGAUCAGUUUAGAUCGAUGUAUCAACUCCACAAUAGAAUUAUUGUAUGCCUUGAGUGAAGAAAACAAAGCCAGACCUGUGUUUUAUCCUACUGAAAUUGAUGAUGAUAAUUCAUUGUUAUUAAAUUCUGCAAGAGCCCAUUUAGCAUUGGUUAGACAGAAUACUAGUAAGUUUGACAAAGCCAAAAUUAAACCAGAUGAAGAUGAAGAACCACUUCCUGAAUUCAAAGUGUUACGUUUAAACCUUAAAUCCGGACAUUCUGAUUUUGAUGUGGUUUCAAAUUUAGAUAAGGGUUCCAUUGCAGCAUUAUUAGAGAAGAAAAUCCAACAGCAAGUAAAGUAUUUACUUAAUUUGAAAGACAGAGUGGAUGAUACUAGUUCCAAAGUGUUUGUCACUGGUGAUUUAAAUUCCGGGAAGUCCACCUUUUGCAAUGCAUUGUUGAGAAGAAAGAUUUUACCUGAAGAUCAACAGCCAUGCACUUCAGUGUUUUGUGAAGUUAUUGAUGCAUCCAAAGAAAACAAUAGCUUAGAGGAAGUGCAUGCAAUUCCUAUUGGUGGACCAGAUUAUAACAUCCGUGAUGAAUCAACUUAUAAAAUAUACCCCUUGAAAGAUUUAGAAGAUCUUGUUUAUGAAUGUGACCGUUACAGCCUUUUGAAAGUGUAUGUGUUAGACCACCGCUCGUUCCAAGAAAGCCUUUUGCACAAUGGAAUAAUCGACAUUAAAUUGAUAGACGCCCCAGGUUUGAAUAUGGAUCUGUACCAAACGACUCAAGUUUUCUCCAGACAGGAAGAAAUUGAUUUGAUUGUGUUUGUCGUUAGUGCCGAGAAUCAUUUCACUUUAAGUGCCAAAGAGUUUAUAGCAGCUGCCGCCAGCGAGAAGCGAUAUGUGUUUAUCGUGGUUAAUCGAUUUGAUAAUAUCAGAGAUAAGGAAAAGUGUAAGAAUAGAAUUUUGGACCAGAUUAAGAAUUUAAGUCCUGAUACUUAUAAGAAUGCUCGCGAGUUUGUACAUUUUGUCAGUGCAAGUGAUAUACCCAUAGGGCAACCAAGCGAUGAUGGGCCAGGUGGUGGUGAUGAUGAUGAUGGACCAGCUGAACAUGAUUUAGGACAUCCUGAUUUCGAUAUCCUUGAAGCAUCCUUGAGAAAAUUUAUUCUUGAAAAGAGAUCAAUUUCGAAAUUGCUUCCUGCCAAGAGUUUCCUUGUUAAUAUACUUCGUGAUUUACAAACAUUAUCCAACCUUAAUGAAAAGAUAUAUCAACAAGAGAAAUUAGAAAAGUUGAAAGAAUUAAAUAAUCGUGUUAAUCCAAGAUACAACGAGAUUGUUUCCAAAUCUGUCAAGAUCCAAAAUUCAAUCAAUACAUUAAUUGAAAACACAUGCACUGAUAUCUAUAAUGCUACUACACAGCAAAUAACUGAAGUUGUUGAAAAUCUCGGCGAGAAGCCGGUUGUAGUUUACGGUGGGUUACAAUACUUGUUUGAAUACGCCAAAGAAACACAUAGUGCUUUGUUUGAUGUUGUUCUUGAAUCAGUAACAAAGUGUGAAAAUAAUACUAAAGACAUCACAGUAACUAAGGUUGAUGAGAUCAUCAAAUUCGGACAAAAUACCCUUGGUGAAGAAUUUCUCAAUGAUAAGACAUUCCAAUCCCUGCUUAUGUUUACUAGAAAGAAAGACACUUUACUUAAACGUCUAGAUUAUCAAUUGGACAUUAUGGAUUUUGUGGAUCCUUCACUCGAAUCAUGUCUUACAUUCUUGGGGAUCCCGGAAAAAGUAGUGGCUGGUAUCCAACAUCAAAUUACAUACUUCAACCCAUUGACUAUUCUCACUGCAGUUCCUACCAAUGCUAUAGCAUUGCGUGAUCAAAUUCCUUCUCAGAUUACAUUGCACACAUUAUAUUCAUCAGGAAAGUUGUUGACCACUGGAGCUUUAAUUCAUAAAGUAUACCAAUUCUCGAGAUAUGUCACUCCAGGAAUGCUCAAGAAGGUUGCCUUACCUGUUGUCCUUGGUCUUUCGGGUAUUUCAAUCUACUAUUUGAUUACUGAUGUUCCUCAUGCAGUUGUUCGAAAGCAAGCUAGAAGAAUCAAACUGCAAGUUAAGAAGGCCAACUAUGCCCAUUUAAACGCUAUGAGAAUCGCUAAUGAGUGCCGUACUGUAUUGAACUAUCCAUGCAGACAAGUGAUGAACAAUUUCCAAACCAAUAUCGAUAAGAGAAUAGGUGAGAAACAAAAAUUGGAAACGAGCAUCAAGGAUGCGGAAUUAAGUUAUGGAUAUUUCCAUGAUUUACUCAAGAAGGUUGAAUAUCAACAGGGGUUAUUGAAGGAAAUUGAUUUGGAGAGUGUUCAUGAAGUAGAUUAG